AUGCCCUACGAUAUUCUCCAUUUUGGUUCAUGUGUCAAAUUAUUUGGAGUUAUCUUGGCAACAUUUUCAAAUUCACUCAUUCUGAUUUUGCUGCAAAGGAAAGCAAGUGGAAAAUUAGGAACUUAUCGAUAUCUUAUGAUGAGUUAUACAAUUAUUGAGUUGGUAUAUUCAAUAUCUUAUUAUUUAUCUGAUAUGGCAGCUCAUAGCACAAAUACGUCUUAUGUUUUGUUUCGCAAAUAUCGCGGAGAAAAUAGACUCAUUGGUUCAAUCAUUUUGAGUAAUUAACGUUUUUUAAUGAAUAGUUUUAAAAAUAAUGUUUUCAGUGCAAUUCUGUGUGAUGUAUAUCGUUGUUCUCACAAUUCUCGCUGUUCAUUUUAUUUAUAGAUUCUUUGCUCUUUGUGCAAAAUCAAAACUUCCUUUAUUAUUCACCCCUCGAAAACUUUUCAUAUGGAUUUUGUUCUGUUUGAUAUUCGGAAUUAUUGUUGGAGGCUUCAAAUGUUAUAUGUUUUACGAAACACCUUUUAGAACAAGGAAACUUCAAGCGGAAUUUGAAAAAUAUUAUAAUCUUUCUAUGAAUGAAAUUGUUUAUAAUGGACCUGUUUAUAAAUUAUGUGAUAGUGAAACACAUUGUUAUAAUCCAAAAGCAUAA